GAGAACGCCUCUGAUAUGAGGCUCUGAGUUAGAGUACUAAUUAUAUUCAUUUUGGAUGUGGGUUUGUCAUCCCUCGUAACCUUGUUACCCAGUUGGAUUGGGACAUAGUCAUACAUUCCUGCAUCAAGAACCUUGUUAGGGCAUUCUUGCAGAUGGACACCCUGAGAAGCAGUGCAUGGAAGCACUUUCCAUGUCAGGCCAGACUGAGGUGCCUAAUCUAAGGGUGAAUAGAGGGUCAUAGCUGAGUCAAGACUGGGACAUCUGGUGUGAAGGAUGUCUACACAGAAACCAGUGGAAUGGGUUAAUGCCCUAAUCACUAGGUUUGACAGCCAGCUGCCAUAUCGUACCGGGCCUCAGACCACUCACACACGGCUCAACAUUGAGCAGAACAAGCAGAGUCUCAUCCAGAUAUCACACUACCGCUUCUCGCUGGUGAUCUCUGGGCUCACCAAGCGGCUGCAGAAGAUCAGCGAGUUCCUGGCCCUGCAGUCGCACAACCCGGACAUGGAGAAGAGCUACUACGAGUCGCUGCUGAUCGUGCUGGACACGCUGGAGAAGUGUCUCAGCGGGCCGGCCAAGGACACGACCCGCUUCGACGAGGCCCUCAACGUCAAGCUGCUGCUCAGGGAGAUCUGCCAGUUUGUCUACAUGCCCACCGGCGAUAACCCGAUGGUGGCCCAGCUGCGCGCGCUCGCCUCCAAGGUGCUGUUCGCGCUCAGUCUCAACAACUUCAACGCCGUCUUCAACAAGAUUUCCGCCAGCCUGACGCAGCUGAGCAGCUGCAGCGACGAGACGGCCGACUUCUCCGACAUCGAGCUCAUCCAGCACAUCAACCUGGACGUGGGACGGCUGAUCAAGCUGCUCAGCGAAACUACCUCCAAGUUCCGGGCGCUCAACAAGCACUCGCAGCUGAACCUGAUGCGCGCCACGGAGCGUGCCAUCUGGAACUGGAUGGACACGUACCCGCAGGAGCUGAUGAUGCUGCAGAAAUCGCCGAACGAGGACCUGGCUAAGUUCUGCGACCUGCUGUUCGAGCAGCUGGACCAGUUCGCCGACAACAACAAGCGGCGUGCGGCUGUGUGGCCGCUGCAGAUCAUGCUGCUCGUCCUGUGUCCGAAAAUCCUGGAGGAGAUCGUGAACGCGGACAGCGGCGCGCCAUGCUCGCAGCGGCACGCCAAGAAGAAGCAGUUCAUCGACGCGCUGAAGAAGCACCUGGGCUCGCACAGCACCAUCAAGCAUCUGACUGAGGCGGCCGCGGUAGCAUGCGUGAAGCUCUGCAAGAUUGCCACCUACAUCAGCACCAGCGACUCCAACAACGUCGUGUUUGUACUCAUACACAGCAUCAUCUCCGAUCUGAAGAGUCUGCUGUUCAGCACGUCGAAGCCGUUCUCUCGCGGUCCCUCGCACCAGCUGCAGGACGUGGACCUGCUGAUCGACGGCUUCGUCGCCCUCUUCCGCAUUUCCCCGCACAACAACGACAUCCUCAAGGUCUGCCUCAGCCUGCAGUCGCCCACGAUGUACCACUUCGUGCUGGUCAGCUCCCUGCACAGGAUCAUCACGCAGUCGCGGCUGGGCUGGUGGCCGCAGAUAGACAUCAUGUACUCGCGCUCGGCCCAGCUGCGUCACAUGUUCCUCGAGACGCUCAACAAGGUGACGCAGUCGGCGGGGCCCGGCUCGCACACGCCGCUCAAGAUGAUCCAGAGCCUGGCCCUGAAGGAGAAAGUGAACCCAAUGAAGUUCAAGGAGCGCGCCUCCGAGGACAGCCUGACCUGCCGCAGCCUGCUGCUCUGGAUGGUCCGGCUCAUCCACGCCGACCCCAUGCUCAUGCUCAAUAACCAGGGCAAGACGGGUAUCGAGAUCCAGUCGUCGACACUAGAACUGAUCAACGGCCUGGUGUCGCUGGUGCACAACGCCACCAUGCCGGAGGUGGCGGCCGAGGCCAUGGAGGCCCUCCUGGUGCUGCACCAGCCGGAGAAGAUCGAGAACUGGAACCCGGAGUCGGUCAUCAACACGUUCUGGGACGUCAGUUCGCAGGUGCUGUUCUCCACCACCCAGAAGCUGAUCCAGCACCAGAUCAUGAACUACACCGACAUCCUCAAGUGGCUUCGCGAGGUGCUGGUCUGCCGCAACACGUUCCUGCUGAAGCACCGCGACCACGCCAACAUCGGCAGCCACCAAGCCAUCUGCAAGCACGCCCACAUCAAGCUGGAGGUGGUGCUGUUCAUGUACCUGUGGAGCAUCGACAUCGACGCCGUGCUCGUGGCCAUGUCCUGCUUCUCGCUGCUCUGCCAGGAGGCCGAGAUCAGAUCCGUGUCGGACGAGGUGACUGUGAACCAGCUGCUGCCCAACUACAGCGUGUACCAGGAGCUGGCGGCCGCCUCCCAGCUGCUGACGACAGGACGCGCCGCGCUCCAGAAGCGCAUCAUGGCGCUGCUGCGGCGCGUCGAGUACUGCACGCCCGGCGGUCUCAACGCCUGGGAGGACACCUACAACAAGUGGAACCACGUGAUGCGGCUGCACGUGCUCAACAAGGGCAAGGUGGACGACCCGCAGCUGUCGGAGGCGCUGUACCGGAGCGCCGGCAAGCGGCGCGCCUCGCACCAGACGUCCGAGCACGAGCUCGAGGACCAGAUCAACGAGUGGGCCAACAUGACGGGCUUCCUGUGCUCGCUGGGCGGCGUGUGUCUGCCGCGACCGGCCGCCAGUCGCUCGCCCACCAACUGCAACCUGUCCGACGCGGCCAAGAAGUACAACGCUCUCUCCGGCUCCAGUCAGGACGUGCAGUACUGCCCCGUCACGCAGUUCAUCGGCCAUCUGCUCCCUUUGCUGGUGUGCUCCCACGAGAAGUUCGGCACCACCAUCCAGAAGAACGUGAAGGAUCUCGUCGGAUACGAGAUGUCGCCCCUCCUGUACCCCAUACUCUUCGACCAGAUCAAGGCCAUAGUGGAGAAGUUCUUCGACUCUCAGGGACAGGUGAUCAUGAACGACAACAACACGCAGUUCAUCGAACACAUCAUCUUCAUCAUGAAGAACGUGCUGGAGAACGAGAUGGAGCAGCCGGCCGAGCACCUGGGCGUCAGCUCGAUCGAGGCCAUGAUGCUCUGCAUCGUCAGGUACGUGCGCUACCUGGACAUCACCGUGCACACGAUCCAGAUCAAGACCAAGCUGUGCCAGCUGGUGGAGCGCAUGAUGCAGCACCGCGACGACCUCGCCUUCCGGCAGGAGAUGAAGUUCAGGAACAAGAUGGUCGAGUACCUCACCGACUGGGUCAUGGGCAACAGUCACCAGCUGGCGCCGCCCGGCUCCGGCGACGUCACCAGCCUCACCAGGAUGCUGGACCAGGCCUGCAUGGAGGCGGUGGCGGCGCUGCUGCGCGGUCUGCCGCUGCAGGCCGAGGAGUCGGACCGGGGGGACCUCAUGGAGGCCAAGUCCGAUCUCUUCUCAAAGUACCUGACGCUGUUCAUGAACCUGCUCAACGACACCGAGUCCCAGGGCGAGAAGGAGGUGUCAGAGCACGGCUACCAGACGGAGGAGUCGACCGCCCUCCGUAACGCCACCAUCCAGGCCAUGUCCAACCUGCUGGGCGCCAACAUCGACUCGGGCCUCAGCUACUCGCUGCCGCUCGGGUACCGCAAGGACCUGCAGACGCGCGCGGCCGUGAUCGAGGUGCUGACCAAGAUCCUGCAGCAGGGCACCGAGUUCAACAUGCUGGCGGAGACGGUGCUGGCCGACAGGUUCGAGCAGCUGGUGCAGCUGGUGACGAUGAUCGGCGACAAGGGCGAGCUGCCGAUCGCCAUGGCGCUAGCCAGCGUGGUCACCACCAAUCAGAUGGACGAGCUGGCGCGCGUCUUCGUCACGCUGUUCGACGCCAAACACCUGCUGCCGCAACUGUUGUGGAACAUGUUCUACAAGGAGGUGGAGAUCACCGACUGCAUGCAGACCCUGCUGCGCGGCAACUCGCUCGGCUCCAAGAUCAUGGCGUUCUGCUUCAAGAUCUACGGCACCAGCUACCUGCACAACAUGCUCGAGCCGCUCAUCAAGGACCUGAUGAGUGAACCGAACAAGCGGUACGAGGUCGACCCGUCCCGGCUGGAGGGCGCCGAGACGGUCGACGACAACAGGAGCAACCUCAUGGAGCUGACGCAGAAGGUGUUCAACGGCAUCAUCUCGUCGGCGGACAGGUUCCCGUCGCAGCUGCGCAUCAUGUGCCACUGCCUGUACCAGGUGCUCAGCAAGCGGUUCCCGCAGUUCCCGCAGAACAACAUCGGCGCCGUGGGCACGGUCAUCUUCCUGCGCUUCAUCAACCCGGCCAUUGUGACGCCGUACGAGAUGGGCAUCGUGGACCGGCAGCCAGGCCCCCAGAUCAAGCGCGGACUCAUGCUCAUGUCAAAGAUCCUGCAGAGCAUCGCCAACCACGUCGAGUUCAGCAAAGAACAGCACAUGCUCGCCUUCAACGACUUCCUGCGCAGCAACUUCGAGGCCGGCAGGCGGUUCUUCAUCCAGAUCGCGUCCGACUGCGAGACGGUGGACCAGGCGAGCCACUCCAUCUCGUUCAUCAGCGACGCCAACGUGUUGGCGCUGCACCGGCUGCUCUGGAACCAUCAGGAGAAGAUCGGCGAGUACCUGUCGAGCAGCCGGGACCACAAGGCGGUGGGCCGGCGGCCGUUCGACAAGAUGGCCACCCUGCUGGCGUACCUGGGGCCGCCUGAGCACAAGCCGCUCGACUCGCAGUGGAACAGCAUGGACAUGACGAGCACCAUGUUCGAGGAGGUCAUGUCCAAGCACAACAUGCACGAGAAGGACGAGUUCAAGUGCAUCAAGAACCUCAGCAUAUUCUACCAGGCGGGCACGUCCAAGGCCGGCAACCCGGUCUUCUACUAUAUCGCCAGGCGAUACAAGAUCGGGGAGACGAACGGCGACCUGCUGAUCUACCACGUGAUCCUGACGCUGAAGCCGUACUACCACAAGCCGUUCGAGCUGGUGGUCGACUUCACGCACAUAUGCAGCGAGAACCGGUUCAGGACCGAGUUCCUGCAGAAGUGGUUCGUCGUGCUGCCCCAGGUGGCCUACGAGAACAUCCACUGGGCCUACAUCUACAACGCCAACUCGUGGGUGCGCGAGUACACAAAGUACCACGACCGCAUCUUGGCGCCGCUCAAGAACAACAAGAAGAUCGUGUUCCUGGACACGCCGAGCCGACUGAACGACUUCAUCGAGCCGGAGCAGCAGAAGCUGCCGGCCACCACGCUGGCGCUAGAGGACGACCUUAAAGUGUUCAACAACGCGCUCAAGCUCUCGCACAAGGACACCAAGGUCGCCAUCAAGGUGGGACCCAACGCCAUCCAGGUGACCUCCACCGAGAAGAACAAGGUGCUCUCGCACUCGGUGCUGCUCAACGACGUGUACAACGCCUCGGAGAUCGAGGAGGUCUGCCUGGUGGACGACAACCAGUUCACGCUGACCAUAGCCAACGAGUCGGGCCCGCUCAGCUUCAUCCACAUCGACUGCGACAGCAUCGUGUCGGCCAUCCUGCACAUCCGCAAGCGAUACGAGCUCAGCCAGCCGGUGUCGGCGCCGGUGCACCAGAAGAUUCGGCCCAAGGACGUGCCGGGCACGCUGCUCAACAUGGCCCUGCUGAACCUGGGCUCGCAGGACCCCAACCUGCGCACGGCCGCCUACAACCUGCUCUGCGCGCUCACGCAGCAUUUCGACCUCAAGAUCGAGGGCCAGCUGCUCGAGACCUCAGGUCUCUGCAUACCGUCCAACAACACCAUUUUCAUCAAGUCGGUGAGCGAGAAGCUGGCGCAAAACGAGCCGCACCUGACGCUCGAGUUCCUCAACGAGUGCAUCCAGGGCUUCCGGCAAUCGAGCAUCGAGCACAAACACCUGUGCCUGGAAUACAUGACGCCCUGGCUGCCCAACCUGACCAAGUUCUGCAAGACCUCAGAGGAUGGCACCAAACGGCAGCUGGAGGACACCAAGCGGCAGAAGGUGGCGCUGAUCCUGGACCGGCUCAUCACGCUCACCAUCGAGGAGGAGGAGAUGUACCCCUCCAUCCAGGCCAAGAUCUGGGGCAGCAUCGGACAGGUGUCCGACCUGAUCGACAUGGUACUGGACGCCUUCAUCCAGCGCUCGGUGACGGGCGGUCUGGGCUCGAUCCAGGCCGAGAUCAUGGCCGACACGACCGUGGCGCUCGUCUCACCCAAUGUCCAGCUGGUGGCCAAGAAGGUCAUAGGACGACUCUGCACGGUUGUGAUGAAGACGUGCACUUCGCCGACGGCGCGACUGGAGGACCACAUGAACUGGGCCGAAAUCGCUAUCCUGGCGCGCUACCUGCUGAUGCUGUCCUUCAACAACCGGCUGGACGUGUCGCACCACCUGCCGUACCUGCUGCACCUGGCCACGCUGCUCGUCUGCAUGGGCCCGCUCAGUCUGCGCGCCAGCACGCACGGCAUGGUCAUCAACAUCAUCCACUCGCUGUGUACCUGCACGCAGCCGGUGUUCUCCGAGGACACACAGCGCGUGCUGCGCCUGAGCCUGGACGAGUUCUCGCUGUCCAAGUUCUACCAGCUGUUCGGCAUCAAGCUGCACAACGCCAAGUCGGCGGCCGUCACCGCCUUCCGCAUGAACUUCAAGAGCCCCGGCGAGCGGUGGCUGAGGGCGCCGGACCGUUCAACGCUGUCGGCGGCUGACCGUGAGACGCUGCCGCUCUCCUCGCUGGAGACGGUGACGGACGCGCUGCUGGAGAUCAUGGAGGCCUGCAUGCGCGACAUCCCCGACUGCGACUGGCUCGAUGUGUGGAAGGACCUGGCCAAGAGCUUCGCCUUCCGCUACAACCCGGCGCUGCAGCCGCGUUCGCUCAUCGUCUUCGGCUGCAUCAGCCGCUCCAUCACCGACUACGACAUCAAGCAGCUGCUGCGGAUCCUGGUGAAGGCGCUGGAGCGGUUCACCGACAUGACGCUGAUCGAGGCCAUCAUCAUGUGCCUGACGCGCGUGCAGCCCCAGCUGCGGGCGGAGUCGCCGAUCCACCAGGCGUUGUUCUGGGUGGCCAUCUCGGUGCUGCAGCUGGACGAGAAGUCGCUGUACGCGUGCGGCCUGGCGCUGCUCGAGCAGAACCUGCACACGCUGGACGCGCACGGCAUCUUCGACCAGGAGAGCCUGGAGGAGGUGAUGAUGUCGGCUCGGGAGCCGCUGGAGUGGUACUUCAAGCUGCUCGACCAGUCAGUCGGACUCAGCUUCAAAGCCAACUUCCACUUCGCGCUGGUGGGCCACCUGAUGAAGGGGUUCCGGCAUCCGGACUGCACGACCGUCUCGCGCACCUCGUGGAUCCUGACGCUGCUGCUCAACAUCGUGGCCAAGCCCCACGGCCGCGACAAGUUCGAGGUCACGCAGGAGAACAUCGCCUACAUGACGGCGCUGGUGUCCGUGUCGGAGGAGGUGCGCUCACGCUGCCACCUCAAGUUCUCCGUGGACCGGGUGCUCUCCAAGGCCAGCUCGGUGGAGAGCUUCGCCGUUGACCUGCACCUGAACCUGAGCCUCCUCCAGCAGCAGGGCGCCUCGGACGCCAAGCAGUCGAGCAGCUCGGCCUCGCCCAACCACGUGACGCCGGGCUCGUCGGGCGGCUCGAGCCCGGCGCUGCGCGAGGACGGCACGCCGGCCGGCCAGGCGGGCCUGAAGGCAGCUCGGGAUAGCGGCGACGAGGGCAAGGCCUGGCGCAGCCUGGACCUGGAGUCGCAGCAGCUGUGCCAGCCGCACCGGCCCGUCUUCAAGACGCAGCGCUCCUCGUCCGUGCCCACGCCAUCUGUCAAGAAGGAGGUGCACCUGCAGGCAGCUCUGCACAAGCUGGAGACGGCGUCCAUGCCGAGUAAGGAGCGAUCGGCGCGCGUCUCGGUCAGCAACGAGAACAACCUGCUGCUGGAGCCGGAGGUGCUGACCGACCCGCAGAUCCAGGUGCUGGCGCUGACCGUGCUGGCCACGCUGGUGAAGCACUCGACGGACGGCGCCGAGACGCGCGUGCUCUACGAGUACCUGGCGGAGGCGUCCGUCGUCUUCCCCAAGGUGUUCCCCGUCAUCCACUGUCUGCUGGACGCCAAGAUCAACCAGGUGCUGUCCAACUGCUACGACAAGGUGAUCCUGACCUGCGUGCAGUGCAUCAUCCAGAACAUGAUCGCCACCGAACACGAGACGGUGUCGCAGCAGCUGCACUCGAUCCAGGCGUACGGCUUCGGCGGCCUGUGGCGCUUCGCCGGGCCCUUCACCAAGUCGACCAGCACGGGCGUGAACGCCGAGCUGUUCCGCAACUGUCUGGAGGCGAUGGUGGAGACGUGCUGGUCGGCUGGCGACCACGAGCCGGACCAGCUGCCCGCCUGUCCGUCGCUGCUGUCCGUGUCGUCCACGGUCAACGCGUCCAGCUCGCUCUCCAGCCCCACCGUCGGCUCGCCCACCGAGAAAGUUUGUCUUCAGAACCCGUUCUAAAUGUGGAGCAAUUGUAUUUGGUGCUUCGAUGUGUCUACGGAUCUCUUGUGGGUAGCGGUCGACCCGCCCCAUUUUGCCGGUACCUGACUGUCUCGGGCUGCCAUCUCCUGGCCACCAGAUAAGUUACAACUGCGGUGUUUUCCCGUGGCGCGGCGCCACCGGCCGCGCCACAGCUGCUCUGCCGUCAGUGUUCUCGUUGCGCGCGUGCCCGUGGCCCACCGCGAUGCUGCUACCGCGACACGUGCGGCCGGCCGGCGCGCGCUGGCCGCCGCUGCUCCGCCCACCCACCCACCUAUAGAUGUAUAAUGUAUAUACAGCACACUGUAGAUCGUACACGCGCGCGCCCGGCGCCUCGCACCAUGUCCAGUCAUCGCGUUUCUGUAGGCUAUGUUGUGUAGUCGGAUGUGUCUCUGGCGCCGCCCGCGUUAGCCGGCAGGCUCCGGGAGGCGCGUGCGGUCGUGGCCCGCGGCGCGGUUUUAGCCGCGCGGCCGCCGGCGGACGGGACGGACGUCCACCUCCUGUGAUGGGGCUCGUGUCGGUGGGCGGAGGGUGAGGCGCCGGUCUGCACCCUAGUCAGGUCUAGCCGCUGGCCACGCCACCACAAACUGCCACCGUAGGCAUCUAUUUUCAAUUGUUAACUCACUCUCCGGUCCCACGUCGGCCCGUAGCAGAAAUCUCCGUAUUUUGAUGUCAUUUAGCUGUUUCUGCACAUUAAUGUACUAUUUAUUUUGCCAAAUACAGGUGAAAAUGUG